AUGGGCCGUCUGUUUCGGUUGCGAGCCAUAGUGUUCAACUGUAACAUGUUUCAGGGAGAGAUUCCCAUUAAUCUCACUCGUUGUUCAGAACUCAGGACUCUUGACUUAGUCAUGAAUAAGCCGGAAGGGACAAUUCCUUCUGAACUAGGAAUUCUGUUGAAAUUAAUUGGACUAGGACUUGCCAUCAACAAUCUAACUGGACCCAUCCCUCGGUCACUUUCAAACAUCUCGUCUCUAGAGCAGCUUUCUCUAUCAGAGAACAGUCUCAGCGGCAAAAUCCCUGUUGAGCUCGAUUGGCUGAAGAGGCUCAACAUGUUUACAGGGGCAAUACCUCAUGCAAUAUCUAAUGCAAGUAAACUUGGAAAGCUAGAUUUUUCACAAAACUUUUUUACUGGCUCAAUACCUAUAAAUCUGGGAAGAUUGAAAAAUCUGAUCAGGCUCAACUUUGCUGUAAAUAACCUCGGAACCGAGGAGGGUGAUGACCUUAGCUUUCUCAAAUCUUUAGUUAACUGUACCAACUUAGAAGUACUCAGCCUAAGCAAUAAUAGCCUUGGGAAAUUGUCGAAUUCUAUUGCUAAUUUCUCAUCCCAACUUACCUAUUUAUACAUGGGAGAGAACCGGAUAUCUGGUAACAUCCCAACAGGUAUUGGAAAUCUGAAAAAUUUGAUCUCAAUAGGCAUCGAGAAGAAUCUUCUCACAGGAGGCAUUCUAAUAUCUAUGGGAUAUCUCUUGAACCUGCAAAUCUUGUCCUUGUUUGGAAACAGUUUUUCAGGUGAAAUUCCUGCAUCCCUUGGAAAUUUAACUUACUUGAUAGAACUCAGUUUAGAUGAAAAUUUCAUACAGGGAAGCAUACCUUCAACUCUAGGGAAUUGCCAACUACUGCAGAGUUUAGGUCUCUCAGAAAACAACCUAUCUGGAGAUAUACCAUUUCAAGUUAUUGGCCUACCUUCCUUAUCAGAAUGGUUGGACUUGUCUCGCAAUCAUCUAACUGGGUCCAUACCCUCAGAAAUUGGUAACCUGAAAAAUAUUCGACUAUUAGACUUGUCACAGAAUAAAUUAUCAGGUGAAAUUCCAAGUUCGUUUGCAAAUUGUAUUGGCCUCGAGCGCCUACAUCUGAGAGAUAAUUCCUUUCAAGGACAAAUCCCUCCGUCUUUAAGUUCCUUAAAAGGUCUUCAAGACCUUGAUCUUUCGCGGAACAACUUUACGGGAAAAAUCCCUAAUUUUUUGGAGACAUUUCUGUUUUUGCGAACGUUAAACCUGUCCUUCAAUAAUCUUGAGGGUGAGGUACCAAAAGAAGGCAUCUUUACAAAUUCAAGUGCACUUUCAGUCACAGGAAAUGCUAAGCUUUGCGGUGGAAUCCCAGAAUUGAAUCUGCAUAGUUGCCCAUCCAAUGGCUCCAGGAAAUUCUGGCAACAACCCACUUUCAAAAUAAUAAUUGUAACAGCUUCUUUGGCUACUUGUUUACUUUUAACAUGCUUUGUGAUAGUCUGUUGGAGGAGAAAAAGAAGAAGAAAAGCUUUGCUUGAUUCUCCUAUGGAGGAUAAGUAUGUGAGGAUUUCUUAUGCAGAGCUCUUGAAAGCAACAGAAAGGUUCUUCUCUGCCAAUUUGAUAGGCAGUGGGGGUUAUGGUUUCGUGUAUAAAGGCAGCCUAUGCCAUGAGGAAACACCUGUUGCAGUGAAGGUACUAGAUCUUCAACAAAGGGGAGCUUCAAAAAGCUUCAUUGCUGAAUGUGAUGCCUUGAGGUGCAUUCGACAUCGCAAUCUUGUGAAAAUAAUCACUUCUUGUUCAAGUGUAGAUAGCAAAGGCAAUGAAUUCAAUGCUUUGGUUUUUGAGUUCAUGUCUAAUGGGAGUUUAGAAGAGUGGUUUCAUCAAAAUGAUGAGUUUGAAAAUCCGAGGCCAAAUUUGAAUUUGAAGCAAAGGCUGAGCAUCGCCAUUGAUGUAGCAAAUGCAUUGGAGUAUCUCCACCACCAUUGCCACACAUGCAUUGUUUAUUGUGAUCUUAAGCCAAGCAAUGUACUACUUGACAAUGACAUGGUCGCCCAUGUUGGUGGCUUCGGGUUAGCAAGGCUGCUUUACGAGAACCCUCAGGACCAAACCAGCUCAAGUCGGUUAAAGGACUCCAUCGGUUAUGUCGCUCCAGUGUCAAUUCUAUCAGGCCAUCCGUCUGAUCUCCCAAGCACAAUCAAACGGCAGUUGCUAUUUAAGUACCCAACCCUUAGUCAACCUCAAUCAAAAGGUUAA